AUGGCUGCUCGAGCUAAGCUAGCGGAGCUACGCGCUCUUCGUGCCUCGGGAAAGAAACGCCUUGCGACUUAUGAAGUCGAAGAGGAGGACGAUAUCUACGAAGAAGUCGAUGAGGAAGGCUAUAAGAAGGUCGUCAGGCAGAGACUGGACCGGGAUGACUUUGUUGUCGACGACAAUGGCGAAGGAUACGCUGACGACGGGCGCGAAGAUUGGGACAGUACGAGGAGGAUAGACAGCGGGAGCGAUAGCGAUAUGCCUCCUCGGGGUAAAGCCGCUAAAAGGAAACGAGAAGAAGAAAAGCAGCGAAAAGACAAAAUAAAUAACGGAAUUAAUAAGUACUUCAGCAACGCUCUGGCUGCAGCCCCAAAUGCUGCUAAGCCGAAGCGAGCCACAGCUGAAGAUGAAGCAUUUAUGGCCGAUCUUCUUGGAGAGGUUGAUACGAAUGCUGCACCAUCCCGUGCACCUGCUAAAAAGUCUGUCAAAUCCGAAACUCGACGAAAGGUCCGGAUCAUAUCCCCUCCUCGCGGUAUCGAGAAAACACCCAAACGAUCUUUGCAAAAGGAAGAUAUCCCACCCGCAUCGGAUCUUCAUGGGAAAUCAGAGAUGGAUUUCCACGAUGAAGGUCCGCUGCUUGGAGAUGAAGAUGUUCCAAUGAGCGACCCCCUGCCAUCAUCACCUGUAGCGAAGGCGGUCGAACGCAAGAGUUCCUCAUUAAAGAGAGAGGAGGUCAAAGCCGAAGAUAUAGACGAUGAUGACUUAAUGGCCAUUGCGGAAGCAACCGGACACAAUGAAGCGGAUUCCGCCAGAGUUAAUAUAUCCGGGAAACGACCCGCCCCUCAAAAAGAAAUUGGGGAGAGCGUGUACCCUUCUCCAGCCUUGUCGUCUCCCCCUAAAAUUCAUUCAGAUGCAAUAGACCCUUCUUCUUGGACAGACGUGACACGAAAACUUAACGUUCUAAGCAGCCCAGCCCCGGAUACGCAUACCUUUGGAAAGCUACGGGCCCAGGAUGCCGUCGAAGAAGAUGACAGUUUAAAUUUCUUUUGGAUGGAUUAUACUGAAAUAAACGGAAGCCUUUGCUUAUUUGGAAAAGUUAAAGAUAAACGGUCCCGCCGAUUUGUCAGUGCCUUUGUUAAAGUUGACAACAUAUUACGAAAGCUUUAUUUCCUCCCUCGCCAGUAUCGAAUGAGCCACGGUCAAGCUAGCGACGACGAAGUCGAUAUGCAAAAUGUCUACGAGGAAGUGGAUAGGCUGAUGACCAGGCUGAAAGUUGACAUGCAUAAGAUCAAACCUUGCUCAAGGAAAUACGCCUUUGAACUUUCCAAUGUUCCGAAAGAAGCAGAAUAUCUGAAGCUUAUGUACCCCUAUGAUAAACCAGCAUUAACUGCCGAUGUCAAAGGCGAGACAUUCUCUCACGUUUUUGGUGCCAGCACUGCUCUUUUUGAGCAGUUUGUCCUUUGGAAAAACAUUAUGGGCCCUUGUUGGCUGAAGAUACAAGAGGCAGACUUUACUGCCGUGAAUAAUGCAUCUUGGUGUAAGCUAGAAUGCCAGGUUUCGAAGCCAUCUCUCAUUUCACCAGUAUUGAAUUCCGAGAACCUGGAGACCCCUCCACUUACAUUAAUGAGUUUAUCAUUUCGUACACAGCUCAACACCAAAGAGAAUAAGCAAGAAAUCUUAGUUGCGAGCGCGAGAGUUUACGAAAACGUCUCCCUUACCGACCCUACCCCUCCUGAGAAACUCCCAUGCAAGACAUUUACGGUAAUGCGACCUUCGGGUCCAACCUAUCCGAUAGGUUUUGAAGCAGAGACCAGAAAUCAUCGCGGUACUUUCAUGCUUGAAAAAAACGAACAGUUUCUUCUAAGCAAGUUUUUGGUGUUGUUUGAGAAAAUGGACCCUGAUGUACUGAUGGGCCACCAGCUUCAAGAGGUUGACCUAACAGUUCUUAUAAACCGACUUAAAGACAAAAGGACCCCUGGUUGGCACCGAAUUGGCCGGCUAAAAAGGAGCGAAUGGCCGAAGAACUUCAAAGGAACUGGCUUCUUUGCGGAAAGGCAACUACUCGCCGGACGGUUGAUUUGUGAUCUUGCGAAUGACAUGGGCAAGUCUUUACUGAUGAAGUGCCAAUCAUGGAGUUUAACAGAAAUGUGCCAACUCUAUUUGGGAGACGAAAAUUUACGGCGAGAUAUUGAUAACGAAGUUGCACUCAAAACCUGGGCCACGACUAAAGAGGGUCUGAUGAACUAUGUCAGUCAUAGUGAGGCUGAUUCAUUCUUCAUUGCUGCUCUCGUUCUUAAACUGCAGAUGCUUUCUCUCACCAAAGUUCUUACGAACCUUGCUGGAAAUUCCUGGGCCAGAACCCUUACUGGUACAAGGGCAGAGCGGAAUGAAUAUAUUUUGCUUCACGAAUUCUAUCGAAAUAAGUACAUUUGCCCUGAUAAAUAUCCCGGGAAAUCACAAGUAAAACCUGAGGAUGCCGAUGGUGACAAUGAUGGUACGGACAAGAAAAAGAAAGACAAGUACAAGGGAGGUCUUGUUUUUGAGCCAGAGAAAGGUCUAUAUGACAAAUAUGUUCUUGUCAUGGACUUUAACAGUUUAUACCCUAGUAUUAUCCAGGAAUACAAUAUCUGCUUCACCACCGUGGAUCGACAAUUAGUGUCCGAGAAUGAGAACGACGAGAAAGUCCCUGAAGUACCAAUUUCGCAGGCUCAAGGAAUUUUGCCACGGCUAAUUUCAACGCUUGUAAGCCGCAGGAGAGAAGUCAAGAAAUUAAUGAAAAACAAGCGUGCUAGUCCAGAAGAUCUGGCCCUUUGGGACACGAAGCAACUUGCCUUGAAACUUACAGCUAACUCUAUGUACGGGUGCCUGGGAUAUACUCAAUCACGGUUUUACGCUCGCCCGCUCGCUAUGCUUACAACAUUCAAAGGUCGUGAAAUUCUGCGCAACACCAAAGAACUGGCUGAGAAUAACCAGCUUCGUGUUAUCUAUGGCGAUACAGACUCUGUUAUGAUCAAUACUAAUGCUGAUAACAUUGAGGAGGCUCUCAAGGUUGGGAAUGAGUUUAAACGCCUUGUCAAUGAUAACUAUAAGCUGCUCGAGAUUGACAUCGACAAUGUCUUCCGCCGUUUAUUGCUGCAUGCGAAAAAGAAGUAUGCUGCAAUUAAUAUGACAGAAGUGGAUGGUAAAUACGUUGACCAUCUCGAAGUGAAAGGCCUGGAUAUGAAACGGCGAGAAUACUGUGCAUUAUCGAAGGAAGUCUCAUCGAAGCUCUUAACUGAAAUUCUUUCUGGUGAAGAUACCGAGGUGGUUUUGGGUAAGGUAUACGACUAUCUACGCGACCUUACACAAAAGAUGAAGGAGUUCACAAUCCCAGUGCAGAAAUACGUUAUAUACACGAAACUUUCCAAACGGCCUGAUGAGUAUCCCAAUAAAGAAACCAUGCCGCCUGCCCAAGUGGCACUUCGUGAACUAGCGCGUGGUAAAGCGGUCCGCCCUAACGACGUUAUUUCCUAUAUCGUCACAUCAGGCGACUUGGAGACCGCAUCACUCCCUCCAGCGAAACGGUCCUAUACAUUGCAAGAUGUCAUCAAGCCAGAAUCCGGACUAGCACCGGAUAUUGAAUUCUAUCUCCUGAAACAGAUCUUUCCUCCCAUUGAGAGACUUUGUGCUCCCAUUCCUGGAACAGACGCUGUGCAACUCGCAGAGUGUCUCGGGCUGGAUGUCAAAAAAUACCAGAUAAACACAUCUAGUUCUCAUGAUCAGCAGAGCAUGGAACUAUGUCCACUUGAAUCGCAAAUUCCUGACUCACUUCGCUUCGAAAAAGCAGUCCGCUUCUCUCUUCGUUGCCGCGCGUGUAACGAGAGGAUGAACUUUGAAGGUAUUAAUUUGUCUGCGAAAGCCUGCACCCCGAAUGGCCUUGUGUGCCCCAAUGCAGACUGUAAAACUCCGUUCGCCGUUAUUUCUAUCGUGGCACAGCUUGAGUCUCAAAUUCGGGCCCAGACGUCAAAAUAUUACGAAGGUUGGCUCAUAUGCAAUGAUUCUGCCUGCGGUAACAGGACACGGCAGAUGAGCGUAUAUGGCAAGCGUUGCUUAGGUCCCCAUGGGCGAGCAGAAGGCUGCUCAGGCCACAUGGCAUACGAGUAUACUGAAAAGCAACUCUAUAAUCAACUAUUAUACUUCGCGACUUUGUGGGACGUCGAAAAAGCAAAGUCGACAGCAGAAAAAGAAGCCGCCGGCGACGAUAAAGAAAAGGUCCUUGCACUUGCAGAAUGGAAUCGCGCUCGAUUUGGAACUGUCAAAAGUGUGGUCGACGGCUAUCUAAAGAAGUGCGGGCGACAAUGGGUCGAAAUGGAUGUUCUUUUCGGGUUGCUCUGA